AUGUUGAACAUCUUAACCUUUGUAUUGUUUUACACCUUAUUAAAUGAUAACAUUAUAACAAAUAAUAAACUACCUCAUUCGAUUUAUUCAUAUGUUAUACAUAAUAACAGGAAUGUUGCUUUUUUUAAAAGCAAGCACAGAAAAGCAUACGUUAAAAAAAAGACUAUAAACUAUGAAGAUGGUAUUAAUGAAAAGAAGCAUCAAAAAAAAAAAAAAAGUCCAUUUGUCACACAGAAAGACAUUUCUCACAUCAAUACAAUGGCGUUAGCUCUACUGGAGUUUAAAAAAUUACAUAACAACUUAAUGGUGCCGGAGAAUUACAUCCUUAAGUCAGAAGACAAUGAAAACUUAAAAAAUUAUAAACUGUGGAAAAAGUUGCAAGACAUUAAAAAUGAAAAGAGUGACAAAAAAAAGAAAUACAUUUAUCUUGUUUUGAAGAAGAUGGAUUUCCCUCUAAAUACUAUAUUUAGUAAAGAAGAAAUAGAAAAUUUCGAAACUGACGAUGUGGAGAUUACAACAAUGUCCCAUUUAUCAACUGAGGAAAACGUACAUUUCGAUUUUGACGAGAGACAGGAGGUCCGCAAGGAAUUAUUCUCGCCUUAUAUCAAAAAGGCAAAAGAUAAAAAAGGUGAAAAUGUAAAGGAUUUUCUAGCCUUAUAUAAGUUCAUACCGAAAAUAAGUGAACAGAGUGAACUACCUCCAUACUCCAACAGAAGUGUUCGAAAGAAAGGAAUUUUAAAAUAUAUUUUAGAAGACUUAAAAAAAGACGAGAUAUUUAACUCGCAUUACAACUACUACUAUGACAAUAUCUACAAUAAUGUAAAUGAUGAUGACAUAAAUGACUACUUUAAGCUCGUUAUGAAGUUCAGACGAUCCAACGAAAGUUAUGAUUUUUUUGUUAACAGAAGAAGAUCCUUUUUUAGUGAAGAAAAUAGGAAAGAGAAGAAGUUUUUCCUGUAUACUCGAAAGGAAAUCGAAGGAGCACACUCCUACGACUUUGACAAAUGGUCCUUUUCCGACUUUGUAGAAGCCUUAGUUUUUUUUAAUGAAUUGUACCUAGAUUUAAAUAAAGAGAAGUAUGAACAAUUUAGAAAAGGUGAAGGAAGUGAAGAGUUGGAUAUCACUGACUUUAACUCACUGGAUCCUGGUUUUGUCGUUCCGAGCGACAAUGUGUGGCCCCAGGAAUGGCACAGCAUGCCGCUAGGAAUGUAUAUAAAUCAAGUGAGGAUGGGGGAUAUCGAUGCAAAGUUUCAUUUCAUAAGAAGAAAAAUCUUAGACUACUUAAUGCUUGAUUUUAAGUCAGAGGAAUACGAGAAUAAAUAUAUUGAUUUUACGUUUAGGAAGCUUUUUUUGGGACUGGGAUGGUUUAUUCACACGAGAGGACAUCCAAUAACUAUUUGCCCAUUUGACAAAAUUCAGUUUGAUACAUUUUCCAUGGACUUUUGCAAGCCUGAGGAGAUACAAGGCCUGCAUUUGGGAUAUUUGGUUAUUCAGGCGCAAACGCACGAGAAAAUAUUUUGGAAUAAUUAUAGAGAUAGAUUUGAAUUCAUGAAAGGCCUAGAGAUAAAUAUAAGAAGUGCGGACGAUUUAAUUUUUUAA